AUGCACCCAACCACAAUCUGUCCAAGGUCCUUUUCCAGCGUCUAUUGCACAAAGGUUGCACCGGACUUGUCUGAGGCAAUCAACACAAACCGAGGUGUGACACUCACCACCUCUUCCAUUCGACGGCGGCCAAACGCAUUCAAUCUUUUACAUCAGUUGGAGGCAAUGCAGCGAGGAGGGUUCGACAAUGCUUUGCAGAACCUUGAGGCUUUGAACACCACUGCCUCAUUCGCGGCUGCGUACCAAAUUGGCCGCACGGAAGCUGGAGCGGCAUCGAACCUUUUGACGGCAGUUUCGGAGAGCACCCGGGACCAGUUGAAGGAGCUAGUGAGGCUCUUCGGUCAACCUCGAUUUCUGCUGCACGAUGGGAUUGCAGCGGGCGUGUUUAACAUGACCUACAACGGGGGUGCCUUGUCUGUGGACGAGAGCCUUUCCCUCAUUCAAGCAAUUUGCGGUGGCAACAGCUCAACAUUGGGCUUCGUGCUGAUGCCGUCCUUCGAUGUGCAAGAGAUCAGCAUGAUUUUCAAGGAGAGCGCACAUGGGGGCGACCGGAGAAAGACCAACCAACAAUGUUUGGCGAUCACAUCUGGAUCUCACAAGCACAUCGAGUGGAACAAGAGCCGCAUCAUGCUGGGCGCAAUCACAGGCAUCGAACGGGCAAGGGUCAAUGAGCUGGCCAACCCGGAGGAGGACCGUCCCCUAGCGCCACACUGGCGUGCAACAACGCGGAAUAUAGAGGCCUCCAAAUCCAUCGUCCUCAAGCUUCUAGAUGGCCUGCAGCUGCCCGAGGGUGCUCCCAUCUUGGUGGUGUAUUGUAUGCCGCACAGGUUUGGCGAGUGGUCCCAAGCUUGCGCCCAAAUCCAGCUGGGCGAACUUCUUGGAGAAAACAAGUCGGUGCGUAUGCACUACAUGGGCAUCCUGUUGGCUGAUGAUGUUGGGACCAUGAGUUCUUUGAAGUCAAGCGUAGCUGGCCAACUCAUGACAAAGUGGAUUCCGGACAUGGUGAAGAACAAGUACAUUGCCAGUCAAGCUGCUGCUUUGACCAAGUGGGAGGAUGCUAUCGGGAACGACAAGUCAAUCAAACAAGCAUUGCAGGGGAUAUCGGAGGAAUCAACUUCCUCAGAACCAUCAGGUUCUAGCGUUGUUCCAACCGAGUCUGCAAGAACACUGGCCAGCCCUGACUAUACCGGUGCUGUUGAUGUCCCCAACUUUGGCACCAGGGUGAAUUUGGAGAAGAAGCCCAUGGAUGAGUUCAGUUCUGGUCGAACGAUUCACUGCCAAGCGCAACUUGCGAACUCCGACUUGAACAUCGUGAAAGAUAAGAAUGAUGGGUCUUUGUGGAUCACCAAUGCCACUGGAAGCGCCGCAGAACUGAAAGCCCGAGAGCUCUUCGGAUUCAAUGUUGGAUCUUUUGCUGAGGUGGUGGCAGGAGAUGCAGCCUCCGUGGUGGAUUCGAUCCCGUGGUUGGUCACCUCGGACUUGCACGUGGUUUCUCUGGUGUCGUCGGCUGGAGAUGGGACCCAAACAAAGGAGUUGAUGACCAUUGCCGAUCUUUGCUGCUGGAUAACACGCACACGCGGGGCUACAGAUGGACCAUCUGGCCCUACCCCAAAGACAUUCCGAUACACUAUCACACCGCGGCCAAAAGUCAAUUGCUUCAAGCCGAAGAAGCUGGAGGAUGAUCCACCUACGUCUCGGUACUCCCAGUUUGGUGCCAUCUUCAACAACUUCAAGCAGUUGCCCGCAUCUUCAAGUUUUGGCAUCGUCUGA